AGGAAGGUGGUGCAGGCAAGGUAUGGACCAUCCCUGGUUUAAGAUGCGCUGCCCCUUAAAAACCUGCGUGCCUCCAGAGAGACCACCGUCUUAGAUAUGGCCAUAGCCCCUCUGCUUUUCCUGGCUGCCCUAGCAUUUGUCCAUCAUCCCCAGUUGGUCAAUGACAUCACAGAUCUGACCACCUUGAAUCGUCUCCAGGAGCAUGAGAAGCGGCUAACGACGGAGAUGGGGCUUCUCCAGGUGGAAAUGGACCAGAAGAACUGGAACUGGGAUCUCAAACAGAAUCAGGAGCAGUGGACUGCAGAGGACCUCGACGAGGGAGAUGGCACCUGGGAUGGGUGGCCUUAUGUAGGGGUUGUCAUCCUCAUCCUCUUUGGAUGCUGCAGACGCACCAUCGCGAAGGAGCCCAGCGACGAUUCCAGCACAGACGGCUCCAGCACCACCAGCACCACCAGCAAUGGAGAAGAAGACUUUGAAGACUCCGAUCCGGAACCGGAAGAUUACGAAUCGAAGCAGAAAGGGUUGGAGGCUUUUUAUGAGCAGCAUAUCGAGAUGGGCGAUAUGUCCAGCUUGUGCGAUUUUGUGGAGAUGUUAGUGAACGAUGUGCUGGAAGAGAGUCGGGAUCAAAAGGUACUCCUGCUGGAGAACUGCAUCGGGGUGGGCAGCGCCUUUGAAGGAUGGUCCACGGAGGUUUCGAAAACGUUCUGCGUCCUUGUGCCUAUAUUGCCGCCCAAGGGCCACUCCUUCCACAUCGAAAUGAGUGACUCCGAGGGCGCUUCAGGCAAGCAUGGCCACAUCUUGGUAGAGGCAGAGUGUCUGUGUAAAAGAGAGAGGCUGCUGGGUGACGUGGUGUGCUCCCUCCAUCAUCCGGAACGGGAAAUGAGCCAAGAAGAGCAGAGUAAAUCCAUUUCGCAUGUUCUUUGCACCAGUUCCCAUCUGGAUGGGGAGAAAACCGCCCAGUGGUUCCAAACUCUGGUAAGCAAGGCCUGGGACGGCCUCGGCCCAAAGUACAACUUAAGUCUCACAAUCCAGAAUUCCAACAAAAGCUGCCGGCUGAAGCUAGAACUUCAAUCCAGGAAGGAGAUCUUUAUCGAUAUCUUACUCGGAGUGCAGCAAGGAGACUCUCUAAUCUUCCUGACCACCGGAGAGGACCUGACAGACCAUCUAAACGGCAUGGUUUGGCGUCGAAGUUUUGCCGUUCAGGAGCUGCUCUUCUUCAAAUGGGUGAGCCAGCGAGCUCCCAAGGACAGCUGCCACCUGAAAUGUCUUCAGAUCUUGAUCUUUUUUAGAGAGUCUAGUAUCCCAGACAAGAAGAACCCGAUGCUCACAAACUACCAUUACAAGACUUGUUUGAUGCACCUCUUACUUCUGGGGCCUCUGUCCUCCUGGGAGCCGGAGCGAAUCGCCCAACGGCUUCAAGAUCUCCUCUUGUAUAUGAAUAGCGCCUUGGAAGAAAAGUAUCUCGAACACUUCCUCAUCGGCAACAUCGCUUUGCCUAUUCAAAUCCCUCUGCCGAAGAACCUCCGAAGUGCUGUCCCCUUCAACCUUUUUGAGUAUUUGGCCCGAAGCCCGGUCCUCCACGAUGAGGCAAUAAAUGAGUUUGUGCAGGUGGUAGAGCAGGUGAGGACUCUCUGGUUAGUGCCUGAAGAAUAGCAACUCUCAACUCCAUUUUGAAAGGCCAGUUUCUUUUGGCUCAUCCCUGAAUCACGUUAUCCUUAGCGGAGCCGAAAAGGUGGGGAGCAUUGUUUCCAGCACGUGAAACAAAAGCUGGAUGAGAGAUGUAUCACAUCGUGGAUGGUCCUGGAAUGGUUAUUUGGGUAGGCUUCAAAAUUAUCUGGUCGACGGCCGGUAGCGCUUCGAAGAGCCCCUUCAAGUAGGAUCAGCUUCCUAGAGUCAGCUAUUCUUCAAUAUUUUUCUACAUUUCAAUCCCAGACAAAUUUGCUCUAUUAGACUUGAAAUAAAGGUUCCUGCAAACUCUGCUCUUAAGCUUCUUACAGCAUCCUUUCUGGGCUUAUAAAAUCAGAAUCUCCUGCCGGUUUUCUGAGUUUUCAACUUUUCCAAAUGUUUUUCUUUUUUAUUUUCAAUCAAUAUAAGUGCUUAGUGAA